CUGCUGAAAUUUAGCCAGAGAAAUCUCCUUCCUUGAUGAUCAUCGGCAUCUUCUACCUUGCAACUCUGCUGAGAAUAUCCUGCCUUGAGGGAUUUCUUUGUUUUUCUGCUUAUGAUUUCCCCCUUUCUUAGCUGUAGUACAGCCGUGCCAUUUCAGCUUGCUAGUGCAGAAAGAUGUUGUGAAUUCAGUUGCUGUGAAUGAGCCUGGCCUGAUUUGCAAACACGAAUGUUCCUAGAGACAUGCUAAAGAGUCGCAGGUGAACCUAACCUGAUCCAUUCUGCAACAAAACGAUAUGUGUCACAAAGAUGUCUACACGGAACUGCCAAGGAAUGGAUUCUGUGAUCAAGCCCUUAGACACAAUUCCAGAAGACAAAAAAGUCAGAGUUCAGAGGACACAGAGCACUUUUGAUCCAUUUGAGAAGCCAAAUAAUCAAGUGAAGAGGGUCCAUUCAGAGAACAAUGCCUGCAUUAACUUCAAGACUUCAUCUACUGGGAAGGAAUCUCCUAAAAUCAGACGGCAUUCCAGUCCUAGUUCUCCAACAAGUCCCAAGUUUGGAAAAGCAGACUCUUAUGAAAAACUGGAAAAACUAGGGGAAGGUUCAUAUGCCACAGUAUACAAAGGCAAAAGCAAGGUAAAUGGAAAGUUGGUGGCACUAAAAGUGAUAAGACUUCAAGAAGAGGAAGGCACUCCAUUUACAGCCAUCAGGGAAGCUUCUCUCCUGAAGGGCCUAAAACAUGCCAAUAUUGUGCUGCUUCAUGAUAUCAUCCACACAAAGGAGACAUUGACACUGGUAUUUGAGUUUGUGCACACUGAUUUAUGUCAGUACAUGGACAAACAUCCUGGAGGACUUCAUCCAGAAAAUGUGAAGUUAUUUUUAUUUCAAUUGCUUCGAGGACUUUCGUACAUCCACCAGCGUUACAUUUUGCACAGGGACCUGAAACCCCAAAACCUUCUGAUCAGUGACACAGGGGAAUUGAAGCUGGCAGAUUUUGGUCUUGCAAGAGCCAAAUCUGUCCCCAGUCACACGUACUCUAAUGAAGUGGUUACCCUGUGGUACAGACCUCCAGACGUCCUCUUAGGCUCAACAGAGUAUUCCACCUGUCUUGAUAUGUGGGGAGUCGGUUGUAUCUUUGUAGAAAUGAUUCAAGGCGUUGCUGCUUUUCCUGGAAUGAAAGACAUUCAAGAUCAACUUGAAAGAAUAUUUCUGGUACUAGGAACACCAAAUGAAGAUUCAUGGCCUGGAGUUCAUUCUCUACCCCAUUUCAAGCUAGAUCGCUUUACACAGUACAGUGCUAAAAACCUUAGGCAAGCCUGGAAUAAGUUAAGCUAUGUGAACCAUGCAGAGGAUCUGGCCUCCAAAUUACUCCAGUGUUUCCCAAAGAACAGAUUGUCAGCACAGGCAGCUCUGAGCCAUGAGUAUUUCAGUGAUCUGCCCCCACGGCUAUGGGAACUAACUGACAUGUCUUCUAUUUUUUCUGUACCGAAUGUAAGAUUACAAGCAGAGGCUGGAGAAAGCAUGAAAGUCUUUGGAAAAAACAAUAUUUAUGGCAAAGGUCUAUCAAACAUUAAGCACUGAAGAGCAUUUUGAUUUCCUGCAAACAAUUCAGAAAUUGAGAUCACCAGAGCAGAGGAGAGAAACAAAACCUAAUAAGAGAGCCUACACUAUGAAGACAUCAUGGCCCUGUUUCCUUUCUCAGUGGUGGAUUUCUGUCACAACAAAAAUGAUGCUGGCAAGAUCUUGUUCCCCUUCCCCCCUCCUUAGUUUAUUUAAAACCUUGCACGCAUUUUGAUACUUCGUGAUUUCAGAGACCUCGGUGAAGAUUAUGUUUGUUUUUUUCUUACUGAUAUGUGGCAUGUUCUUUCCUCUCAGCCUUUUGUGUUUGGUUUUAUUUUGUUUUUCCACUGCAGCACACCAGCAGUGUCUUUAAUACAUUAAGACAACAUGUUUGGUGUUCACACACAUCCUCAGUAAUGUCUGUAGAUAAAAGCCAGUCAUGACAUGAAACAGUUGGUGUAUUCAUUGAGAGGUUCCACACCUUUUGCAAUUUGUCAGAAAUAUAUUUUAAGCUAGAGUAAAUCUUGCAGGUUGGUUGUGACACAGUCAGUAUCUUACAACUAUGUCCAUUUCUUACUGCUAGGAAAUAUCAUGUUCCAUUAUUUAACCACGGCAAUAAGGGCAUCUUAGUCAGAAUCUCUGAAUUUGGGUACUCUGUCUAUGAUGCAUAACUUGGCAGAUGUCAAAACAGACCUGCCAUGGUGAUAUAUGAAUAUGAUAGUAUGGAGUACUUCAAAUAUUCUACACCCUUCUUAGAAUAAGGCACUUUUGCUGUUUUUGUGGUUGCAUUUUUACUUUUUCAUGUAGCUUAGUUCAAAAAUAUUUUCUAAGAAGCAAAGUAGAGAAGAUGAAGGAAAAAUGAGUUUACAUUAGGAUAAGCACUAUGGUAUAGAAACUCUAGUUGCUGAAUGAGCCAUUUAAAAAAACACCUAGUUUUGAAUAGUCAUCCAAAUUCCAAAUACUUGCUCUUCCAAACCAAAGCAUCUUUCCAGUUAUUUUUCUAAGAUGUUCAGAUAUGAUUGAAUAAUGUCACUUCAAAUAGGCUUUUCCCCAAUAAUUGUUCAAAUCUUUAAAGAUAGAAGCAAUUGUUAAAUUAGGAAAGGACUUCUGCUUUCCUCCUUUUGAGGGAAAGUGGUUUUGGUGGAACCUAUGGGAAUCUUAAGGACUGUAGCUGCUUUUGCCUGCCACACGCCAUCCCUAAUAUCAUUAAUAAUACUUGAAUUCUAGGAGAUGGGGAAUGGAGCAAAUCCAAAAUGUAAAUUAGACAAGCUUACAGUGGGGCUUUCUCAGUCAUUUUAUUCAACACGGAAAGCUACAUUGCCUCCCUAGUACUUCAGCUGCCUAAAAACACAUCUAUUUUUUGUAACACCUUGAUUACAGCAUCUAAUGCUUUCUUAGAGAAAGGACAAAAACAGGGAUAUAUGACCCAUGCUGUAGUUUCUUUCUUAAACUGAUGGCUUUAUAAUGUUUGGAUUUGGCUAAUACUUAAUUUUGCAGAAGAUUUAUUUUGCAGAAGGCUUAUGAUAUUCUUCCCAGUAGUUGUACAACAAUUAAAACGUGUAUCUCCAUUCUGAUCAUGACAAUUUUACUACCUAAAUACUUCCAAAAGCAUAUCUUGAAUUAAUAUUUUAUAUCUGUAAAAACAGAUAAUCAGAAAAUCUGGUGGAACAGUUUGAACAUAACACAAAUGCCUUAACUAUGAUUUGCUUUGAUUUUCAUACUCAACCUUUUGAAUGUGAUCUUUCUCAAAUUAGGUCAUAUAUUCAGUUGGUUGUUUCAAGAUGAGGGUCUUUUUUUAAAAAAAAAAAGUCUCAGUGCUUGCAAAAAUAUGAGGAAUCUUUGAAAAUGUAACAAAGGUUUCAAUUAAGAAAAUGAGGGUAGAUCCUGUAAAUCUCUUAACUUUGGCAGCUUAAGGAGGGAGGGAGGGAGGCAGUUACGCUCUUCGUUGAAGCAUCUGAUGGUUUGAUGUAGAGAGUAAUUCCACUGAAGUACUCCCUUCCAUGGGCUAAAUGCCUAGCACCUUAUUAUCCACAAUAAAUCAAACAUUCAGGGCUUCUGCUUAAGUUUUGUGAUUGUGGGUGUGAAUGUGUGCUUUCAACACUUCUUUUUAAAAAAUAGUCAUUGAUGCCAUUGAACAUAUUAGCCAAUAAUAUCCUAGUUAUCAGCUCUCAAAAACUGAGAGUCUGCAAACUGCAAACAUAU